AUGGCUCGAUAUCACUCUUUAGUUGGGAGAGGUAAAAUUCUUGACAGGAGAAAUGGCGGGGAAGCCGAUGCCGACGCUGCUGCUGAUGAUUCGCCUCAAGUGUUUAAGGAAGUCUACGGAAUUCUCACGUCAGCCAAUCCUAACAACAUUGGUGAUCCCCGCGCACAUCUGCAGAGUCUGGUCUGGCAUGACCCAAUACUAAUCAUCGAGGAAGAGGGCGGGAAGAACAAUAAACGUCUCCCCCCCUUCUCUCUCUCUCUCUCUCUCUCUCUCUCUCUCUCUCUCUCCCUUGUGUUCAUCAUACAAUUCUCUGUAACUAUGUACGCUGUUUAUGUUAUGUCUGUUAAACAACAGCAGCAGCGGAAAAUAAAAAAUAAAAACAAAUAUAGGGUGUACCCAUCGACCAAGGGGACGGUUGGAAACGGAAACAGGAACUUUUUGGGGGGUCGGGGGUGGCCGCGGAUACGAAUUGAAGAUUUCAUAAUUUACUGA